CUGAAACCAAGAGCGAUUACAGCUACAGAGAAUCCCAUUGAUUAUAUUCAGGAUUUAAGAGAAGUAGGAAAGAAAAAGAACAGAUCUGGUUCUACAGAAAACUUACAAGAACCAAUCAGAGAUGGAGCUUCUGACAACAGCCUUAGUCAUCGCUAUCCUGUCUACAACAGCAUCCGCUAAGCCGAUUGGUUGGCGUUGGCAUCAGGAUGCUGACAUCGCUGAAAAUGACCAGAUGCAAGGACGGCUGGGGAUGAAUCGCAGGGGGUCUUCGUGGUCUGCAGAAUCUUCGAGCUACAGUGACUCAUCUUCAGAGUCGAGUGAGUCACUGGAGUCUGAAUCUAGUGAAUCUUCAGAGAGUCAGUCUUCAGAGAGUCAGUCUUCAGAAAGUCAGUCUUCAGAGAGUCAGUCUUCAGAGAGUCAGUCUUCAGAGAGUCAAUCUUCGGAGGAGUCCUCUGAGGAACGUCCAUUCACCGAUCAGACAACUAUGGGCGUGACCCCCACUGCCAUGACAACCAUCACUAAUGUAAAAAGGAGUACACCGACCCCUGAGCCAGACACAGGGAGCACAGAUGGGCCGACUGAUUCAGGGAAAACAGUCCUGCCAGCAACACCGACCCCAUCUGAUGGUACCACGUCAUCUGGAUGUACUCAGUGUUUUACCUUGACGAUUCCAACGGCAGUUCCCAUCACAGAAGCAAGAGGAGACAACUAACCAACGGCAUUCAUAUGCCAGUCAAAUGUAAUCCUUCUCACAUGUCUCUUGUGUUGUUAUGACGUUAAGUAUCACAAAGAUUUCCAUUCUAUAAAUGUCUGUUACGCCUAUGGCCUGCUGAAUAAAGCCCUUACAUUAGCAGUUUUAUUAGCUGGGCAAAAUUUCCAAGGAAAAUCAAAGGUGGCGCUUUCAGAUAAAAAAAUACCUGCAGUUACUGCUUUUCGCCUUAGGAACUGUCAUUAAACCCCAUUUGCCUUUAUCAAUUCACAAAGUAUGAAGGUCAACAUAUAUGUAAAGAUCAAUAAAGCCAGAAAUGUGAAGUUUCUCUAGACUUACUACCUAACAGUAUCAAGUAAAUAAUGUCCUUUAAUGACCACUAGAUGCUUGAUAAAAAAAGCAAGUUAGCAUCCAUAUAGACCUGCAGUGUGUAAAGCUGGGGUAGGUAAACCUCUUUAAAAAAAAAACGUUUAGUUAAAAAUUCUCUCUACAACACUACAGCAUAUAAUACAUUUGGAGCUAUGACAAAGACACAUUUAUAUCGGUGGCUGUUAAAUGUAUUCAGCCUGAAUGAAAUGGUUGGACAGUCAACAUGCCCGUCAACUUGGGCUCACUGAAGCUAACCAGCCAUGUUUAUUAUGAUGUUCAUAAUGAAUAUGUUGAGUUACUGAUUUUGGAGGGAGGUCUAAGAAGACUGACAGUUAUGCCAACUUUCCCACUUUCUCACCAGAUUAUGUGACUUUUAAAAGCUAGCGCUGCUAGCUUCUUUGAUUGGAAAAGAGUUAACAACAUUCAAUUGUGAGUUUUGGUUUAAUCAAUUGCAGCACUUUGGUCAACUCUGUUGUUUUUAAAUGUGCUAUAUAAAUAAAGUUGGAUUGGAAUUGAAAAUCGUAUGAACUCUUUCUGGCUUCUCCAAUGUAUCAAGAGAUAGAGACCAGAUCAAAUAAAUAUGGUUAUAGUAUAUGAAUACAAAUGUUGCUCAAUCAUGUUUACCCUUAGGUAUUACCCAAUCAAAAAAGUACCAGCAGGAUUAUUUGGUUGAUUUCUUUCAGUGUGUCAAAAUAGUUAUUUCUGUUUUUCUUCAUAAAUCUGUUUGACGUAUAGAUCUAAUUCUUUUGUAAGUAUAUUGUGUAGCACCUGUUAAACAAGCUUGUUACAAUAAGUUUUACACAACAUUUUACAGAAAAAUCCAGAGAAUCCAGAGUAUGAAACCCACAGUAGGGUGAGUCCUGUUGUUCAGCAUGUAAAGGCAUCAGACGAGAGCAAACAACACAAACUGAGUUAUUGCCACAGUGGGUUGGAUAAUUAUGGGUUGUGAAUUUAUAUUUAUAAAGCUUAGAGGGCUGGAUAAAAUACCUUAAUGUUUUUCGUUUGUUUUUUAACUGAAUCUAAUGUGUGUAAUUAAUUUGUUGUAACUGUUCUGUUUUUUCUUCUGAAGGAAAAUUAAAAGUCUUAAUUACAA